AGGGGCGGCGCUUCUCAUCUAUGCGCUCUUCGGCCGGACCGUGUGUUUUGAUAGCGUGUAAAGGGGGGCUACGUGAAGCCAGGGCCGGGGAAAUGUCAAGAGUUUACAUCGGCAGAUUGAGCUACCGUGCACGGGAAAAGGACGUGGAGAAAUUCUUUAAGGGUUAUGGGAAGAUACUGGAAGUCGAUCUCAAAAACGGGUAUGGGUUUGUAGAGUUUGAUGACCCCCGUGAUGCUGAUGAUGCUGUUUAUGACCUGAAUGGCAAAGACCUGUGCGGUGAGCGAGUGAUAGUGGAACACACCAAGGGUCCCCGGCGCGAUGGGAGCUACGGUUCUGGGCGAAGCUACGCCCGUGGUGGGCGGGAUCGAUAUGGACCUCCAGCACGUACUGACUACCGGCUGAUUGUAGAGAACCUCUCCAGCCGUUGUAGCUGGCAGGACUUGAAGGACUACAUGCGUCAGGCGGGUGAAGUGACCUAUGCCGACACCAAUAAAGGUCGCAGAAAUGAGGGUGUGAUCGAGUUUAAGCUGUACUCAGACAUGAAGCGAGCUCUGGAGAAGUUGGAUGGGACAGAGGUUAAUGGCCGAAAGAUCCGACUGAUUGAGGACAGGCCAGGAUCACGACGCAGGCGGUCCUAUUCCCGCAGUCGCAGCCAGUCUCGAUCACAUUCGAGGAGCAGGCGAUCCCGUAAGAGCCGCAGUCACAGCGAGAGCAGCAGCCGCAGUCGCUCCCGCUCCAGGAUGGCUUCCAGAUCACGUAGCCAUACGCCUAGUAAGAGGAAGAGCAAUGGGGCCCAAAGAAGCCGCAGCCGUGACAAGCGCCUUGGCCGAGACGAGGCCCACAGUCGCUCCCGAAGCCGCAGCCCUCGCAACAAGAGGAGCAAGAGGGAAGUUAAGAAGAGCCGCAGGGAUGAUUCUCACUCCAGGUCUCGCUCCCGCUCCCGCUCUAGAAAGUCCCGAUCUCGGUCAGUGAACAAGGAUCGCACCAGGAAGUCCAGGUCCCGCUCUAUAUCAGGAAACAAGGAUCGUUCCAGGAAGUCUCGCUCUAGGUCCCGUUCGGGAAAUAAGGAUAGCUCCAGGAAAUCGCUGUCUCGUUCCCUGUCCAGGUCAGGCAACAAGGAUCGUUCCAAGAAGUCUCGUUCUAGGUCUAAGACCUGUGAUGCCAAAAGUGAUAUUGAUGAGGGUGGUGCCGGUCCUGCCAAGGGUGACUUCCGCUCCCCAUCCUUGCCCCAACCCAAGUCCAGAUCACCUUCCCCCACCAAAGCCCUGUCUCGUUCCCCCUCAGUGUCCCGCUCAGAUUCCCGUUCCAAGUCCCGUUCUCCCUCUAAAUCCCUCUCUAAAUCCCGUUCUCGUUCUCGCUCCUGAACAGCUAUGCUGUUGCCCCACCCUCUCGUUGGUCCCAAUUUUGUUUUUUGAUAAAUAGGAUAGCUCUAGGAUAAUGGCACUCUCGCUUGACUUGUCUGUUAAAACACAUGCACCAGGUUACUUUUCAUGAGUAUUCUAAAUUUUAUUUUCAGUAGCAUUGUCUCCAAUUAGAGUUGUUUGUAAAAUAUGAAGUGUGUGAGACUAGUUUGAGAGGGUAUUGCUUCAUAGACUUUUAUAGGUUAGACGUGUCUGAAAAUACAGUAAUAGAUGUCAACCUUUGUAUGGCAUACUGUAAAAGCAUAACUCGUACACAUUUGUGUGGGUGGGGUUGUUUUAUUUUGCAUAUUUCACCUUUGUGGAAAUCAUUUUACCAGUUAUUAAAAAAUAAAAUGCUUGAUACCCGGAAA